AUGAAUUACCUGGACGACGCUGGACACGCACUCUAUGGUGAGACCUAUGAGACUGCUAGGAUUGAUGAAAGCCGCAACCUCUGUUUGCCACUUAGGAUUUCUGCAAGAGAGUGUUCUCAGCAUUGUGAACCAAGGUUAUUGACAGCGACAUUGAACAUGACUGCCUCACAGCCAGGAGUCAGAGCUGUCAGGUUGGUGAAUGGACCCAACCUCUGUUCUGGAAGAGUGGAGGUUCUCCACAAUGGAAUCUGGGGAACAGUGUGUGAUGAUCUGUGGGAUUCAACAGACGCGGCAGUGGUGUGUAGAGAACUGGGCUGUGGGAAUGUCAUAGAGGCAAAGAGCUCUGCUUAUUUUGGACAAGGUUCUGGACAAAUAUGGUUGGAUGAUGUUCAGUGCCGUGGGAAUGAAUCUACACUGAAAAACUGUUCAUCAAGUGGAUGGGGAUCUCAUGACUGUGGUCACCAAGAAGAUGCUGGAGUCAUCUGCCAAGCUUUGAGUGACCCCUGUUUUGAGCUCAACUGCACGGAGGAUGAAUGGUGUGGAGAGAAAAAUGGUGUUUAUGGCUGUUUCUGUAACAAGAGUCAUCAAAGACCAGACCCAGAGUCUUUUGAUUUCUCUGAGGUUUGUGAAAGCAGCUCUGGUUCCAUGUCUCUGUCUCGCUGUCAGCUCUUUGAGGCUGGUUUUCCUACUGACAACUUACACCUCAAUGACCCCAACUGCAAAGGAACAGUCUGGAAUGGCAGAGUGGAGUUCUAUUUUGACAACAAUGACCACAUCUGUGGUACAAAUCUUGUGUUGACUAAUGAGUUUUGCUCUUAA